UCUGAUAAUCGAGCUUUCACAAAAUUCACAGUGUAUUUUCCCACGAUAACUAUGGAUUCAAUCUCCUCUUGUGGCGACAAGAGUUACUUAGAAACAAUGGAACGGACUCUUUUUGAUGGCAUACUAGAUACACAGUUGUGUGACGUUGUACCUCUAGACACAUCUUCGCAUGUUUUUUAAGACGGCGCGCUCUGAACUUCGGCUUCUGCUUGAUUGCGGGUUUCCACACAAGGGUUAUACCGUAUUUGUAGCAAGGUUUGAAGACAAUUCUGUCGUAGGAGAUUCAUAUGAUGGUUCUUUGGUGAAGACUGCCGUGUGCAGUGGAGUGUACAGACUUUGGAAAUUUUCCUGCGAGUGAAAAGAGGGGACUUUGAAAUGGAUGAUGAUCCAGAGAGUAGGUAUCUUAGCCUAGGAAGUGACUCAUCCAGACCUCAGACACACAAAGGACAGAAUGCAAACAACUUUGUGAUGCCAGAGCACAAGUCAAAUACAGUGCGCAUCAAGUUUGAGUUUAGAGGAGAGAGAAGAAUUAUCCCGAUCUCCAGACCUGUCAUUUUGUCUGAGCUGCUAUUGAAAGUGAAGACGGCAUAUGGACAGGAACUCUCUAUGAACUAUGUCAGCAAUGAGAUUGCAAAUGCAAUUCCUCUUUUGACUCAGUCGGAUCUUGACAAAGCUAUUGAAAUCUUGGAUAGAAGCCAGCACCUAAACAGUCUUAGGAUACUGUUGUCGCUGCCCAAUGGAGUCACUGACAGUACCACACAGCAAAAAACUGGCACAGUGAACUCCUUGAUGAUGCCUCCAAGUAACCCAAAGGUUGGCUCUCUCUUUGGAAAUGGGAGCAAGCCAUUUUAUAAAAGAGGAAAGCCAACAAGAUAUGGCUUAGGAAUAAGGCAUCUUUCCAGGUCACAGUCAACUCCUGACGAAAUUGCUUAUAUGGCUGUGGAUCCGCCUAACACGCCCAGCCUGUCAAGAUAUAACUACAUCCAAUACAUGUCGUCAAGCAGCAUUAACACUUCAGGACGGAAUUCUCCGCCACCGGGAUUUCACCAUGAGCAGUUCUCAAUGACUCCAUUCCCAAGGUUUCAUCGAGACGAGUUCCCUGCACAGCCUUUCCACAUGGUCAGGGGUGAGGGAGAAUUUAUCCCAGAAAGCCACGAUCAUGUGGUGGUUCCCAGAUUGCAGAGACAAAUAAAUAUGUGGUAUGACCCACUGUCACACAGUCAGGUAAGAGUUGUCUCCGGUCCAAGCUCUGAGGGCUCAUGGAGAGGAUCGUCAUUCUCCGUGGACAGUGGUGGAGAGAUGCAGUCAUUUCAUGACUCAACGAGAUCUGCAUCGAACAGUUCACUGGUGCUGGCUAGUGGGAUGUUUUCCUCAGAAGAGGAUUUAUUAGAUUCAAAAGCUCAUACAUAUCCCAGAAGAAGAAGUCACACAAUAGGAAGUUCAAAUGUUGACUACAAUGAUGGAAACCAGAUGUACAAUGGUACUCAGAAUUCACGGAAGCCUAUUCCUUUGUCCAUGAGAAUAGACCAGCAGAUUAGUCCUGCUAGCAGCAGUAGCAGCAGUAGUGGCUUGCUGGCGGACAUUGAUAUGGGAACGAGAAGACCAAGACGAGAGUCUGAACUUGAGGUUGCUGUUCAGAAGCUUAAAGACAUGUCAACAACAGGAACCAAAGUACUUGAAGUACCCAGAAAUUGGACAAAAGGGAAACUCCUUGGAGCAGGAGCUUUUGGCCAGGUAUACAUGUGUCAUGAUCACGACACAGGGAGUGAGUUAGCAGUCAAGCAAGUUGAAGUUGGGCUUCUCAACUCAGCAACACAGAAGGAAGUAAAAGCCCUUGAAGCAGAGAUAGAUCUUUUAAAGAAUCUAAGACACGACAGAAUAGUUCUUUACUAUGGAACACAACAAACAGACCUUCACGUCUAUAUAUUUAUGGAAUUCAUGCCUGGGGCAUCAGUUCACGAUCAUAUCAAACAACACGGAGCUCUCAAUGAGAGUUUGACAAGAAAAUACACCAGGCAAAUUCUGGAAGGGGUGUCUUUCCUGCACGCAGCACUCAUUGUGCACAGAGAUAUCAAAGGUGCAAACAUCCUUAGAGACCUUCGAGGAAAUGUGAAACUAGCAGACUUUGGAGCCUCCAAAAGAUUACAGACAAUUCGCAGUAAAACAGGUUUUCGAUCUGUUCACGGAACUCCAUAUUGGAUGGCUCCAGAGGUGAUAAACGGAGAAGGUUAUGGUCGGAAGGCUGAUAUCUGGAGCCUUGGCUGUACCGUGGUAGAGAUGUUGACAACCAAACCCCCAUGGUCGGAAUUCGAGCCAAUGGCAGCCUUGUUUAAGAUCGCAACGCAACCCACAGAGCCUUCAUUACCGCACGACCUAUCAGAGGAUGCCAGAGAGUUCAUUCAGUCCACUCUUACAAAGGACUCCACGCAGCGGCCAUCCGCAGAUAAUUUGCUUAACUUCAGCUUCGUUAUAAAUUCCGCCGUGACAACGUGCCUAUGACGAAAUCCGACAACGACGGAAGGUAAUUGUGGGAAAUGUUUCUACAUGGGCACCAAGUCGAAUGGUCGACUUCAUCGCUUCGUUGCAUCCUUUUGGACAACUACCAAAGGCAAAUCGUAAAGACACCGAGAGGCAAACGUGUGAGAACAAUGAUGCAGUAAUUUCUUACUGAAAUUUUCAAAGACGGAUUAGAGAAACGUUACGGAGAUCAAGACGUCAGCUCGUAGAAUUUACAGUCAUUAUGGCGGAGAAAUAUGGGAUGACUUAAGGUGAACUGUCAUCUGACAUUUUAAUUUAGGAGAGUUGAUUCUCUGAUGGAUAAUUAAUAUACGACGUCGUGUUGUAAUAAUUAAAAAUUUUUACUGAUCAUAGAUAUUUUAGUGGAGAGUUUACUAAACGUUGAAAUGCAAUAAAUGAAGAACUCUCGCUCGUGAGAAAUGAUUCAACUAAUUUUACUCUUUAGCGUAAAAGGCGAAUUUUCCAGCCAAGAUUCGUAUGGUUUUAUUCCCCAUACGACAAAAUAAUUAUAUACCUGGCCAAGGGACGCUAAGAAGAAGUUUAGAAGUUAUUGUACUUGUGAUGUUUAUAGAAAUUAUAUUCUUCAAAGUCCAGCCCGACGUUUUACUGAAAAUCUAUCGAAAAUUUACCGAAAAUUGAUCUAGCACACUCGUGAAAUGUUCGUUGUGAAAGUCAAAAUUUCAUUGGCUUCGAGUUCUAAUUGGUUAAUUGCACUUUUGGGGAAGUUGCUCGAGUAUUUUGGAUCAGUUUUAUGGUAGAUAUUAUAGAACUGCAUGCUAUUUUGCGCUGGACUCUUGAACUCUGCCCGUGUUAAAACAGGGAAAUUCCAUACCUAGAAAAUUGAAGUAAGUAGGAAAAUGGCAUGAGUUUUUUUCCACACUGCAACAGGCUAGGUUUCUAGUUGAUAAGUGGAAUCUGCCUCUAGUUGGGCCUAUGAUGAUUUGAGCGUGUGAUUUAAUCCUGUGUAUUAUUGUUUUGAAGAAAAAUUUUGAAAAUGCAUGUAAAUGAGCGUAAAAAAAUUGCGUUUUUAUGAAAUGUAAAUAAUUGAGCUUGUCAAGCAGAGCAUUUCCGUUGUUAAAAUAUUUUCUUUUUUACGUGCGAUUUUAUAUUAAAACUCGCUUCAAUGAAUCACAUGCCAUAAAAAAGUGUAUAAAAUUGUACAAUAUUGAUGUAGAUAAAGUUGAGGGUGUAGAUAGGUACAUUGUAAAGAAAUAAAUUUGAUGGUGUUAUAUUUCUCAAGCUAUGAUAAACCCAAGAACGAAGUGUAGAAUGUAAAGACAACCUUCUUGGUCCGAAUUUCACUGCUGUUUGCUCCGCCUGGGUUAAAUUAACGGCUUGGGUUUUUAAAAUGCUCUACAAGGUGACUUCAACUUUUACCUCUUUAGUGCUAUUCAAUUUUUGUUUUCCCCAUAUAGGACUUUUAGAAAAUGUUGUGUAGGCUCCCAUACGAGGUCACGGAUUACACUAACUGUUAGUACUUGGGAAGAAUAUUUCUCGUCAAACGGUCUUGUACAGCAUUAUUAGCUAGCAAAACCAGAUGAAAUGACUGCUCAUUAUAAUUAGCUUUCAUUUGAAUGGUCACUAGGGUUUCGUUCGCAGACUUUAAAGUUAGAACCACCUUGCACUGCAUUGUAAACAGUACCACGGAAUGUAUUUCUCAAUAGCUUUUAUUUGAAUGCUUACACUCUAGGAUUUCAUACACACACUUUAACGUUAGAACCACCUUACAGCAUAAUAAACCGCACUACAUGGAAGUAUUGCUCAAUAGUUUCAUUUGAAUGGUCACACGCUACUAGAGUUUCAUCCACAGGUGGCUUAAGAGUUGAGGUUUUCACUGCUGAACUGCAAACUAAAAUGUCACCUUUUAGAAGGCCGGUAGUUUUCUCAAAUCGUAAGCUGUACUAAAAUUAAACUACUAGUUUUGUUUCGUUUUGAAGUCCUAUGUGCUAUCAUAUGACUGCUUUCAAGAAAUCAUUCUGUCCAACUUUGUUUUUGGGUAAAUAGCUUGAGAUGGUGAAAAAAUAUUCUUAGUUUAAAUAGAAAACAAGAAAUAAACUAUUGAAAUCAAG